AUGAAGGAGGACAAUUGUUUACAUGCUGCUCUUCUCUGCCUGGGCAUGCUGUGCUACAGCCACGCUGCAGCUACAGACACACUGAACCACACAAGGCCAUCGCUUCAUGGGCACCAUGAGAAAGGGAAAGAAGGACAAGUUCUGCAUCGUUCAAAAAGAGGAUGGGUGUGGAAUCAGUUCUUUGUUAUAGAAGAGUACACAGGACCAGAUCCUGUACUAGUGGGAAGGCUUCAUUCAGAUAUUGAUUCUGGAGAUGGAAACAUUAAAUACAUUCUCUCAGGUGAAGGAGCAGGAAUCAUUUUUGUCAUUGAUGACAAAUCAGGGAACAUCCAUGCAACAAAGACACUGGACCGGGAGGAGAGAGCUCAGUACACUCUGACAGCACAAGCUGUAGACAGGAACACUAACAGACCUUUGGAACCACCUUCUGAAUUCAUUGUGAAAGUUCAAGAUAUAAAUGACAACCCACCUGAGUUUCUUCAUGAAAACUACCAUGCCAAUGUGCCAGAGAGAUCAAAUGUAGGUACAUCAGUUAUUCAGGUAACAGCUUCAGAUGCUGAUGAUCCUACCUAUGGGAACAGUGCCAAAUUGGUUUACAGUAUUCUUGAAGGUCAGCCCUACUUCUCGGUGGAAGCUCAAACAGGAAUUAUCCGCACUGCCCUUCCAAACAUGGACAGAGAAGCUAAGGAAGAGUAUCACGUUGUAAUACAGGCAAAAGAUAUGGGAGGACACAUGGGAGGCCUCUCAGGGACAACCAAAGUGACAAUUACACUUACAGAUGUCAAUGACAACCCACCAAAGUUCCCACAGAGUGUGUACCAGAUGUCAGUGUCAGAAGCAGCUGUCCCAGGAGAGGAAGUAGGAAGAGUGAAGGCCAAAGAUCCAGACAUUGGGGAAAAUGGCUUAGUAGCUUACAGCAUCAUUGAUGGAGAUGGCAUGGAUAUGUUUGAAAUUACAACAGAUUAUGAGACUCAGGAAGGUGUUGUAAAGCUUAAGAAGCUCUUAGAUUAUGAAACCAAAAAGUCCUACAGUCUGAAGGUAGAGGCAGCCAAUGUACACAUUGAUCCUAAAUUCAUCAGCAAUGGGCCAUUCAAGGACACAGUAACAGUGAAGAUAUCAGUGGAAGAUGCUGAUGAGCCACCAGUAUUUUUAAAGCCAAGUUAUAUUUUUGAAGUACAAGAAAAUGCAGCAUCUGGUACUGUGGUUGGAAAAGUGCAUGCCAAAGACCCUGAUGCUGCAAACAGUGCUAUAAGAUAUUCAAUCGACCGACACACAGACCUUGAAAGAUACUUCAGUAUUAGUGCAGAAGAUGGCAAUAUCAAGACAAUAAAAGCUUUGGAUAGGGAAGAAAUGGCUUGGCAUAAUAUCUCUGUCUUUGCGGUUGAAGUCCACAAACAACACCAGGAAGCCAAAGUUCCAGUUGCUAUUAAGGUCAUCGAUGUCAACGACAACGCUCCAAAAUUCGCAGCAGCCUACGAAGCUUUUGUCUGUGAGAAUGCCCGAAGCAAUCAGCAAUUUAUUACAAUUAGUGCUGAUGACAAGGAUGACUCGGCCAAUGGACCAAGAUUUAUCUUCAGCUUGCCACCUGAAAUUAUUCAUAAUCCAAAUUUUACUCUCAGAGACAACAGAGAUAACACAGCAAGUGUUCUGGUGAGACGUGAAGGGUUUAGUCGCCAAAAGCAGGAUUUGUAUCUUCUUCCUAUUGUCAUCAGUGAUGGUGGACUCCCCCCUCUGAGCAGCACCAACACCCUCACCAUCCGGGUCUGUGGUUGUGACAGCAACGGCUCCCUGCUCUCCUGUAAUGCUGAAGCCUACAUCCUCAAUGCUGGAUUAAGCACUGGAGCUUUAAUUGCCAUUCUUGCUUGCAUUGUGAUUUUGUUAGUCAUUGUAGUGUUGUUCGUAACGCUGAAAAGGCAGAAAAAAGAGCCCCUGAUAGUUUUUGAAGAAGAAGAUGUCCGAGAGAAUAUUAUCACCUAUGAUGAUGAAGGUGGAGGAGAGGAAGACACUGAAGCUUUUGACAUAGCUACUUUGCAGAACCCUGAUGGCAUCAAUGGAUUUAUUCCUCGUAAAGACAUCAAACCUGAGUACCAGUAUAUGCCAAGACCAGGGCUUCGGCCAGCUCCCAACAGCGUUGAUGUCGAUGACUUCAUCAACACGAGAAUACAAGAGGCUGAUAAUGAUCCAACUGCUCCUCCUUAUGACUCUAUUCAGAUCUAUGGCUAUGAAGGAAGAGGCUCAGUGGCUGGUUCACUUAGCUCCUUAGAGUCAGCGACAACAGAUUCUGAUUUGGACUACGACUAUCUACAAAACUGGGGACCUCGAUUUAAGAAACUUGCAGACUUGUAUGGCUCCAAAGACACUUUCGAUGACGAUUCUUAA